AUGAACAAAGAGGAUCUACGUUGGUGUUCUCGCGGGGGAUUCGUAGGUAGCAGUGUUUCAACCACGACUCGUAAUCUUAAAUGGAAAAAUCUGGCUAUCCAAAAGGUUUGGAAGCAAUCUGAGGAUAAGCGGGACAUAGCAGAAGAAUGGAGAAAGUUGCAUGCAGAGGCUAAGAGGAGGAAAGAGGAAGCUGAAAGUUCUUCAAGCAGGAGUUGCCAAAAAAUUACACGUGCUGAACUUAUGGACAAAUACUAUGAGUAUGUCGAAAGAGAUGAAUCGUACGAACUCAGAACAGGAAAGGUGAGAAGCUGUCUAUCAUGGGAAAAGUACUUUGAAAUAGCCAGAGAGGAGGGAUGGCUUACUGACAUAUCAGACGAUGAGCCUGAACAGAAUUCCACUGAUGAAGCAAUGGAAUCAGCGGGCGAUGUCGAGGAGAACAACACUACUGAUGCUGCUGAUGAUGUUCAACCUCCUGCCAUGCAAGAGAAACUUGUUUGCAGAUGGCAGAAAGUUGUUAAGAGCAGCAGCCAGAUAAAAAAUCAAGUUCUUCACUUUCCAGCAGCAGUCAUCAAGGAAAUCUUCAUGGAACCAAGAUCAUAUAUUGAUCUUCAUGACACAGACUCGGGUAUUACGUACCAAUGUGUUUUCAAAUCCAGGGAGAACAUGACGGAGAAGUUUCUGUCAAGGGGCUGGUUAAAAUUUGCAAAGGAGAAAGAGCUGUCGAAAGGUGACGUUCUCUUAUUCAGUGUAGAGCAUCCUCCUGUGGAACGUAUAUUGGUCAAAGUUGAGAGAGGGCAGCAUUGA